AUGACCCCAUCGCAAGUUCAAGUCCAUGCCUUACCACAAUCCAACAUCGUCGUUUCAUUUUCAGGGGGACAAGGAAUCAGCGAAGCACUUCAUCCCUAUCAGUAUGAAAGCUCCAGCACUCUCGGUCUAGCAUUGGAAGCCUAUGAUGCUUCCGAAACACCUGAAGCCAUUUCUAUCAACCACCUCCCCUUGGAAAUUAUUGCGGAGAUUUUCCUUCUAUGUCCAAGAGCAUCUUUGCGCAGGCUUCAGAUUGAACGCCCUUCCGAUCCAAGGGGUAGGCGAGCGCCACUACUUCUUUGUCAAGUUUGUCGUUACUGGAGAAAGGUCGCAUUAUCUCUACCACUCCUUUGGUGCUCAUUGUCGGGCACUGGACCUUUCACCCCACAUCCUGCAUUGAUCGAACUCUGGCUUACCCGCUCUCGCGGACUGCCACUUUCGCUGUCCCUUGCAGCGCCGGUGGAGCGUCGCGACACACCGGAAUAUCACGCACAUGCAUCCAAAAUGAUCGAUCUAUUUUCGAAUGAGAUGUAUCGAUGGCGCACGAUUGCGUUCACUUUGAACGAUAAUCUCGCUCGCAAAUUUAUCGCCACGGUUGAUUCCAAAGCGCAAAUAUUAGAGGAACUAGAAUUGGUCUUUGAACAACCCAGCAGUACAAUUGUCGAGGUUUCCGCUCUACUUCCAUCCUUACCUAAGCUUCGCCACCUGUCGUGGUACGGAAACUUGUCGGCAGUGUCUUUGCGCAACAUACCAUUUCAUCGGUUAACGCACAUCCACAUGGUCUCGCAAAACUCCGCGCAGGACGUGGUUACAUGCCUUUCGCAAUGUACAGCAGCGUUGGAGAUACAAUGGGACUGCGUAGAUUGCUGGGAUUCGCCAUCUGUUUGUGGAUUAUCUCAAACCAUACUCCCUCAUCUGCGAUCGCUAUAUUUAAAAGGAGCUGGAGAUUUUGCUCAUAUUUUAUCUCGGCUUACUCUGCCUAGCCUGAAGUACCUGCAUCUGGAAACGAAGUCCAAAGCACAAAACCAUGAGUUGCUUGAGGACUUUUUUCAUAGGUCUUCCUGCCCCUUGCGACAGUUUAUCCUUAACGACGUCUACGUCUAUCAGGAAAGCAUUGUCAAAUACUUGACCAUUCCUUUCUUGGAAACCAUUCCCGAUAUACGUAUUUACUUAGGAGGUUUGAAGGGCGAUGUCCUUCGGAAAAUGCAGGAAGUCAAGGAUUCCCAAGAUACGCCUACCUUUCAUCGACUUCAGAUUAGCUACCCCGAAUGCAGCUGGCCGGCGUUUACUUGGAAGUGA